AUGCCGCCUAAAGCAGCCAAGAAAAAACCACCAAAGACAGUUAAGAAAAAGCCGCAAAAGGAAGUCAAGAAAAAGCCGUCAAAGACAGUCGUGAAAAAGCCAAAAACAAAGGAAGAGGUAGAAAAAACAGCGAACGAAAAGCCAAAGAGAAAGUACACUAAGAGAAAACAGACCAAAGUAGCAGUAAAUAGCUCGUCUGAAAAUGAGGAUUCCACAGUCUCCACGACCACCAUUGAAAAAGUUCCACAAAUUCCACAAAAGUACAAAUGUCCACUGNCAGUAAUUAGCUCGUCUGAAAAUGAGGACUCCACAGUCUCCACGACCACCAUUGAAAAAGUUCCACAAAUUCCACAAAAGUACAAAUGUCCACUCAUUGGAUGCAACAAAUCCUUCAAAUUGGCGGCCUCUCUGCAGCAACACUACCGAAAUCACGGGACCGACAAGAAGCCCUUCAAGUGCGGCCUGCCAUCCUGUGACAAAGUCUUCUCUAAACAGACCGACCUUUACCAGCACAUCUCCAAUGCUGAUCAUGAUCUGAAACCGGAACAGCAGCAGCAGCUGAAGGCGCGGCCUCUGAGCAAGGAGGAGGCAAAGCGGUACGUGAUCGUCCUUUCUGACGUCCUCGAUCGAGAGUACCAGGCGCUGGGCAUAAAAAAGUACUGCAAGGGUGACGUCUACGGCGGUGACGAUGCAAAUCGGUCCGAUGAAGUGGACGAAAAGCCGAAUGGCAGCUUUGGUGGAAG